CGCAACCCUACCCAAUGCCAGCAUUGUUCAAUACACCCUCCAUCGCCGCCGCCGCCGCGCAACAGUCCGCAUCGACCGCAGAACUUCAUCGAUACCGUUAUCAGAGCUGGGAAUCGCAACUGAUCUGCCUCUUCAUAAUAUUAGGAUUCGUAAUGAUGUACACCUUGGCGACAUGUCUAUAUGAGUGGCACACCCAGACGACGAGGGUGGGGAAAAAUCGAUUCGAGGGUAUCGGUGAGUUGUUGUUCUAAACAGAAGAUAAGAGCAACCCUGUUCAUGUUGUGUUCAGACCAGUUCCUCGCCAAGAUUUCAUCGACAACGAGGCCGCAGGUACCCGGGUCCUAGAUAUCAAGGGUUCUCGUUGCGAGUGGGAGCCAUUCCUGCCUGGUUACUCAGUCGCGUCAUUUAGCGUUCUCACAAGUACGCUUAUUGUGUGCUAAAAGUCUCAACGCGCCUAUCUUCCGGUGUGCCGCUAAUGAAACCCCAUAUUCGACGCGAGGGCCAUCCCAGAUCACGGUCAUCAUAGCGCAUCACUCGUGACCGUGGGGCAAGAAACCCGUGAUCAUGAGAUUCCUCUGCUGCGCAACGGCAUCUUCUUUUCUCCUCUUGUGACUUAGCCCCAUCGCACACGUAAAAGCCCUGGUCAUGGGGAACCCCAAACCGAAAUCCUCUGAAUGACAGCUGUGUUCCUCGCUCGCAUGACUUGUCCCCGACGCGGACCUUAAUGUAGACGCCAGCUUUUUUUUACUCCACUCACUUUGCGUCGACGACCAUGCCCAUCUCCGUUGCUCUCACUCUGGCUCUGGUCUCCUUUGUGCACUUGGCUGUUUCCCAAGAUUCGCCGUACCCUCAGUGUGCUCAAGGAUGUGUCAAGACCCAAGCGACGCACGCAGGAUGUAAUCUAUCUGACGUCGCCUGCCUCUGCAAAACUGGAUCGUUCGCGUCAGCUGCACAGCAGUGCGCAGACGCAACGUCGUGCUCGGCCAGCGACAAGGCCCAGCUCAGCACGGCACUCCAAGUCCUAUGUGCUGCAGUGUCAGCGUCUGCUGCCCAAUCCACAUCCAUCUCAGGAUCUCCAUCGUCUUCUGCCUUGUCAGCCUCUGGCAGUAAAAGUGUUACCAGCGUCCCUUCGACAACACUCGGCGCAUCGAGCACGACUCAACUGACGACAGUUUUCACACAGUCCCUGCUCACCACGACGGUCACCACCGCAUCGCCUCCGCAAACAGUUACGCUGACGACCCUCGUGCCAACCACUGCUGCAGUGAUUCCCACCAGCAACAGCAUCGGCAGCAGCACGAUUGCACUCUCAUCGCUACCGAGUUCUAGCCUCUUUCUCUCCCCCACACCCACGAACGUUCUUCCCUCGGUCUCUGUGUCGCCAUCAGCUCCAUCGGCCUCAGCCUCUGGGGCCGCAGACAAGGUUGUGCUCGGUGUGGAGAUGAUAGUCAUGGCCCUGUCUGUCGUUGUACUCUUCAUCGCUUAGUGAUUUCUCGAUCGCCCAAAGCGAGUGGUUAUGUAUCAUUUACACACAGGUAGAAUCACGCAGCCUUGAACCGGUAUUUCUUCCUCGCCUGAGCCUCUACAAGACCUGGCACCAUCCAGUACGCCAAAUGCGCCAAGCCCAUAGACCAGGGCAUAAACACGUUCUUUUCGCCACGCUCAAUCGCAGUCAUACAGCGUCGGGCAACAGCCUCUCGCCUGAGCCCGCUCUUGUUCGGUUCUGCUUCGCGCGUGUGUCCGCCAUCGACUGCUGAAGCGCGGAAGUCGCCUUCGACAGUGCUCGGGAGGAGCCCAGUGAAUGCGAUAUGUGGGUGCUCGAUUGAGAGGGCUUGAUACAAGAGCAACGAGGCGGACUUCGUAGAGGCGUACAAUGACCGGGUCGGUGCGGGUAUCACUGAGGCAAGCGAGUUGACGAGGAGGAUUGACGGGGAAGGCGAAGUGGAUUCGAGUAGUGGGAUCUGUCGGCGGGGUGUCAGUGGAUGAAGGACGGCUUGAAUAACGAAAUGACGCACGAAAGUCACCGCGGCGACGAGUGGGCCGACGAAGUUGCCGUCUGCCGCCCGUUUCGCGAUGUCUACGAUACGUUGUAUGCGCUCGACGUCGAAAUCGCCGUCGGCGGAAUCUCCUCCGACCUCCAUAAGUGGACGCAAUGCCGAAACACCGGCAGCCACAAUGAUUGUAUCGAGACCACCCCAAGCUUGCAGUUGGAAGCUUAGCUUGAGUGCUCAAGCGUCCGAUGGAGUGAGUAUAACGCACCUCGCACGAUCUCGUCCCGCACCCGCACCAUCGCCUUUGGAUCCACAAAAUCACCCGGUACCCCGAUAACCUCUGUCACCGUGCGCAUGCUAGAGCACUCAUCUACGACUUCUGCAACAAGCCCUUCUCGGCGCCCGACAAUACACAGGUUGCGUACACCAAGUCCAGCGUAUUGCCGUGCAAGGGUGCGCCCGAUACCGGACGUCGCGCCAAUGAUGAGUACGCGUUCAAUAUGACUAGGAAUUUUCUUCGAACGCUUGGAGUUGCGUCUUCGGACUACCAGGAGUGGUAGAACUAAAGCGGGCAGGGCCAGGAGAAGCCAACGUGGAACAGAUAGCGACAUGAUCGAGGAGAGCGUGACAGCGUUGAAUGUAGGCCAUCAGACUGACGUAAUUUGUUAUUUGCCAUGGACCAUAUCCUUCUAUUGAUGGUGUACAAGAACUGAAUGCCCGAGACUGAGGACUGAGCUUCAAAGUACACCUACUUCGUAGCGUCGUCAAUUAUUUGCCUUACAGCCUGCCAGGCUUCCAGCAACUUCGAAACGUGGCGUUUCGGUCCAGCAGUACGACAGACACAGUGGACGAUAGAACUACCGACCUUUCUGAACCCGGUACAGGUCCGCUUUCUACUACUGAGGUUUCGGUCGUACACCAUGUUGACCGCGCGGAGACGCACAGCUUUGUAAGUACAGUGCAACACACAUCCCAACCGAAGAAAGAUGCAGUUCGCCUUUCAUUGAGGAUGAGGGAGGCAAAGUGCGUUCUGGCACCUCCAAAUUGAGUAGAUUUGAUGUCCUGUAGCGCAUUCCGGAGGAGCGCGCAGGAUGGUGGGGAAGAUGGAUCGAUACACCAAGCGGGGUGAAUCGGAUGUAACACUUGAUUGCUCUAGAAUGUCUAAAUGUAUUGUGCACUGCUCUCAAUAGGAAGACGAAAUAUUCAUUUGGGGGGAAACA